UUAUAGACUUUUGGAAGUUUAGUUUGAGUUGAAAAAGAAUGGGAUUUUUUGAUAUUUUUAGAAGAGUUGUGAUGUAUAUAAUGUAUCUGUUUGAUUAUAAAUUAUCCUGAACGAGUUUAAGAUGAGUCGAUAAAACUCUACCUUAGGUAUGCAGAACAAAUACAAGCUCUAAAAGUUAUCAAUGAAAAAGAAAGGAAUAUCAUAAUUGAGCUCAAACAUAGAAAUUCUCUCUUACUAAUGGAAAAUGAUAUCAUUGGUGAUCGUCUAAAUAUUUUAACCAAAGCCAUUCACACUCUUGGAGAUUUCCAACAGCAUGAACUAGAAUUCAAAGUAAAAAUAGAAGCCUUGAGUCGGGAAAUAAAUAGCCUAAAAGCUGAUAAACAAAGCGGAUUAGUUGAAAUAAGUGACCUCCUCCAAAAGAUUGAGCUCAGAGAUGGCUAUCUAGAGGAGAUGAACAAAGCGAGGAAGAAAGCACAUGAAGAAAAAAAUGCUUUCCUCAAAGAAGCCAAGCUACGUAUUAAGCAACAAUCGAAGGAAGUAAACGAACUGUCUAAAGAAAAUGAAGAGUAUAAGGCAAAAUUAGUGCAGCUUGACAAGGACAUCAAGCUUAAUAUUAAAGAGAAAGACCAAUUACGAGAACGAAUCGUUGACAUCAAAAAGCGAAAAUCAUUCAGCACAAAGAUAAGGAUCUGCAGAAAUUGUGAACAAGAAUACCUUGAAGAUGAAAACUUCAAGUGGUCUUGUGUCAGACACACUAAGAUUUAUUCAGGAGAAAUGUGGUGGUGCUGUGGCCGCAAAAAUAAAGAAGAUCCUGGCUGCACAGUCAAUUUCCACAUUAAUAAAGAUUUCUCAAAAGCUGAGACAGACAAAGAGAUUACCGAGAACAGAAAACUCAGGCUAAAGAAUCACAAAUGAGAAUGAUGUAAAUAAAAUAGGCCAUGAGCCAAAUAUGUGUUCGGAUGAUCCGAACUACAGAACUCCUCUUCCCAUUAAAGAAGAGUAUAAAAGAGUUGAGAAAAUAUUUGAGAAAGCAUCCAACAAGAAUAAAGGAGUUUUUCCAAAAAGUCUUAAGAAGUUAUUCUUCCUAGUUCAAGAAGCUCAGAUAAAGAAAUAACCUUGGAAAAGACAGUGAUGAUCCUCAAGAUGAAGAACAAGAUGGCCAAGAAGAGAAUAAGAGUGAAGCUUCUGAAUUAGUCAUUCCUAAGGGCAAUCAUAUUGACGAUAAUGCAAGUAGUGAAGUUGAUGAAGAAUCUGAAGAACUUUUUCAUAUCGAAAAAUCCGACUCAGAAGAUAACUUUGACACUCUAAGAAAAACACUAAGUGAAGGGAUCAAUGCUAAUGCAAGGAAUAAGAUAAACCUUGAAGAUCAUUUCUCAGAUGUGGAAUACUCUGAAGACAAUAGGAAAGGAUCUAUUAGUAAUCAUGAUAAUACUGAAAAUCCUAUGAUGAGGCAAACUUCUAUAAUCUCAUACCAGAAGGAUUUCCCUACAGAGAAAGAUCGGAAGAUAAUUAAGAAGAAAUAAGGUGAACUUUGAACAUCAGGAAACUUUCAGAGACAACAUCACUGACAAUGACUUCGAUCAUAGCCAUGAUACCUCAAUUUUGAGGUUGAUCAAAGGCAUAGAUCAUUCCCAGUACCAGGACAAUGAUCUUGACUAUGAUGACAUGGCACUAGACUCUGAAGAUUCUGGAUUCAGGCACAAAGAAGAGCAGAAAGAGUUAAAAUCUAUUGAAAAUAUUACAGUAAAGAAAUCAACGAGAAAGAAGCAUAUAAAGUCUAUUAAUGAAUCAGAAAGAACCACUGUGAGUGGUAAAUUACCUGAAUAUCCUUUAAAAAUGAGUAUUAACAAUUAGCGCUGAUAGGGAAGGCUCUGAAAAUACUCGAAAGUCACCAAGUCCUAAUAACUUUUAUCCAAAGUACGUUUUCACUAACCAUAGUGAAAAUUUACAAACUGAGUUAUCCAUGAACAGAAAAAGGUUGUUGCAAAAGAGCAAAAUGCUGAAGAAUAAAACCAAUGAGCAAAAUACCGAAGGCUAAAUAAUUCAACACAAUGCAUAAA